GCUCAACCGGUGGACCUCGUUUCUAUCAGUCGCAUGUAGGGACCUCUAGGCAUUCCGUAGCCGGUCAGCUAGAGUGACCAUACUUAUGAGAAUAUCGGUUAAAGAUACACAGUUUUUCACGUGUUUAUUUAUUUAUUUUUAAAGCUCCCCUUCAGUCAUGGACGCUCUCCUCGCAAGACUCUUCUCCUCCGACGAGCAGGAGCUGUACAUGUUGGACCGUAUGGCGCACGUCACGGUUCUCAUGGCAGCCUGCACCUUCUUCACUCUGCUCUUCGAAAAUGUCCCGUACGGGCGCUACGCCAGCAGCAAAUAUGGAUUUCCGGUGGAUGUCAAGUUCGCCUGGUUCGUGCAGGAGCUGCCUGCUUUCCUCGUGCCCUUGUGCCUGGUCGCCUGGACGACCGCCGCGAAAACGUCACUGCUGCCCAACCAGCUGCUCAUCGCCAUGUAUUUCUGCCACUACGUCCAAAGAUCCCUGAUUUAUCCAUUUCUUAUCCGAGGAGGUAAAGCAACACCAUUCAUCUCGUUUGCCCUUGCCUUUGUUUUCUGCAUCUGUAAUGGCUACAUGCAGAUCAGGUACCUGAGCCAUUAUGCUGAGUACCCUGCACAUUGGGUUUCGCACCCGUGCUUUGUCGCUGGUUCUGUGCUGUGGUUGGUCGGCUGGCUUGUGAAUGUGCACUCCGACCACAUCCUGAGGAACCUGAGAAAGCCCGGAGAGACCGGCUACAAGAUUCCCACAGGCGGGAUGUUUGAAUAUGUGUCGGGAGCGAACUUCUUAGGAGAGAUAACGGAGUGGGCCGGCUUCGCUCUGGCUGGUCACUCCGUUCACAGUUCAGCCUUUGCCAUCUUCACCGCAGUGGUCCUCACCAGCAGGGCUGUGGCCCACCACAAAUGGUACCUCGCAAAGUUUGAGGACUACCCGAAAAGCAGGAAGGCUCUGAUUCCAUUCCUAUUCUAGGAUGCAAAUUGAGUACUGGAGGCUUGAAAAAGCCACUCAGGAGCAAAGGGUAUCUGCAUCUCCUCAAACCCCGUCCACGUCUACUGGGCUGCUGGGAAAUCAAGUGGAGAUCAGGCAUGGCCCUCAAUAACUCGCCCAUGCCUGAAAUGAGAUGAUCGUGUCGGGGUUUCUCAGAAGGAACGGACAAAGAAAUGAAAGGCGAAAGUAUUUGGGGAGUCUGUGAAAGCAGGAGUGUGUUGCAUGCAGACUGGGGGAACAAAUAAAGGAUUUAUCAUCUCUUAUGCUCUACUACUGUUUCAUAAACACAUUUAGCAUGAGCCCAAAAAUCUGUCUGUGUGAGUUAGGACUUCCUUGAAUCAUGUAGAUAUUAAUUAUAUGACCUGCCUUAUAUUCAGUCUUUCUCAAAAUGUUUAGUUUGGAAUCAAGUGCAAUUAUCACUUCAUCUUGCUGAAAAUCUGUCAUAACCCACAUUUAUAUAGAAUGGAAGAUGACAAGCUGGAUAGUUCAGUGUACUCUAGUGUAUGUAGUGAUUUAUACUGAAGAUUUCCAAGUGCCUGCUGCAGUUUCUCAUAACUCAUAACUCAUCAGUUCUCUCUUUCCCAGCGGAGAGCACAUUUCCAACACCAGUCGUGGCCAAGGUCGAAUCAUAAUGAAUUUUCAAAAAUGCGUUGAAAAUAAAAUGUUUUUUGUCAUCGUUUUUUAGACAUGGUGUCAUCAAUAAAUAAUAGGAUCGCUUUGUCUCGUGUGUGUCGCUGAAGGCUAUGCAGGGUGACAUCCUUAAUGUAGAAGAUCACCAUCUCUCUCUUUCUCUUCCAGGCUAUGCCCUCUCUUCUUUAUCCAUGCUUAGCACGACCAGUAUUUACUGAGACUGCCAUAUGACUUGAAUGCCUUUCAUCUUCAGGCAGACAGCAACAGAUUUCCCUUUUAUAUGCAAAGCAGCACCAUGAAAUGGCUUGUAAUUAUCUUACUUAACAUGUUCACUCGUGCUGGCAGCAGAUAGUCCACAAGGGGAGCUGUUCUUUAAUAUUAAAUAUUUGUUCGGCCUGUGCCAUAUCAUAGACUAUGUGUAAAAAUGGACGUAGUCACCGGGUUCCAGAAGGGGAAGCCAGUUCAUAAGUGCCUAUAACCUGUAUUCUCUGGAGUGACCAUUAGAGGGCGACUCCACCGGUUGCGAAAAUAAGUCAGUUCCUAUAGACACCUGUGAGAAAUGACUUGACUUCUCACUUUAUUUAUAACAUCAGUUAACAUUUUACUGAGGAGGUUUAUGGUCCAAUCUCUAUUUGCAAGUCUUCAUCAAUACAGCAUGAUGUUCAUUCAGUAAAUGAUGGUCUCGUUUAUGCAGGUGUAGGUGGAUAUGCGGUGGACACGCUCUCAGUCAGGUUUUUCUUCUAUCAUUCGUUUUGGCCUAAUAUACUUCAGUGACAUAAUACAUUUUCUGGUUAACAUUGUGUAAAAAUCGACAUAUGUUAAAAUUCAUUCAAAAUAAACGCAAAGCCUCACACAAAAA